UCUGAAGUCUCGCGAUAGUUCGAACGCCUGAGCAUAGUGGCGACGAGAAGUGUUGUGGGACGGAGCGGGCCGAGUGUUUGUCGAAGAAGAGGGCGCAGAAACGGGGGCAGCCGCAGAGCAGCUCAGCGCAGGGGGGUGUGUUCAGCGUGUUUGUCCGAAACGGGAGCACAACACGGCGUGGAUGAAAGAGGCAAACUGGCGGAUUUCAACAUGGCAUCCGGAGAUACGCUGUACAUCGAGACAGACGGCUCGGAGAUGCCGGCCGAGAUCGUGGAGCUCCACGAGAUAGAAGUGGAGACGAUACCGGUGGAGACCAUCGAGACCACGGUGGUCGGCGGAGACGACGACGACGACGAGGACGACGACGGGCAGCCCAUGAUCGCGCUGCAGCCGCUGGUCACCGACGACCACAGCUCCAUCCACCACCACCACCAGGAGGUGAUCCUGGUCCAGACUCGGGAGGAGGUGGUCGGCGGGGACGACUCGGACCUCCAUACGGACGGUGGUAGCGGAUUUGAGGACCAGAUCCUCAUCCCGGUCCCGGCUCCGGGGGUGGAAGACGAGUACAUCGAACAGACUUUAGUCGCCGUGGCUGGAAAGAGCUCGGUGGGACGAAUGAAACGGGGAGGCGGCGCAGGGGGCAAGAAAACGGGCAAAAAGAGCUUUUUGAGCGGCGCCGACGGAGGAGGCAGGAAAUGGGAGCAGAAGCAGGUGCAAAUAAAGACUCUGGAGGGGGAAUUCUCGGUUACGAUGUGGGCAUCGGAUGACAACAAAGACAUCGACCACGAGUCGGUUGUGGAGGAGCAGAUCGUCGGGGAGAACUCCCCUCCGGAUUACUCCGAGUACAUGACGGGGAAGAAGCUCCCGCCCGGCGGCAUUCCCGGGAUCGACCUCUCGGAUCCCAAACAGCUGGCAGAGUUUGCAAGAAUGAAGCCCAGAAAGGUCAAGGAGGAUGAUGCUCCUCGGACGAUAGCCUGCCCUCACAAAGGCUGCACAAAGAUGUUCAGGGAUAACUCUGCCAUGAGGAAGCAUCUCCACACCCACGGACCGCGCGUCCACGUCUGCGCCGAGUGCGGGAAAGCCUUCGUGGAGAGCUCCAAGCUCAAGCGCCACCAGCUGGUCCACACGGGGGAGAAGCCCUUCCAGUGCACCUUCGAAGGCUGCGGGAAACGGUUCUCCCUGGACUUCAACCUGCGCACGCACGUGCGCAUCCACACUGGAGACCGGCCCUACGUCUGCCCGUUCGACGGCUGCAAUAAGAAGUUCGCUCAGUCCACCAACCUCAAGUCCCACAUCCUGACACACGCCAAAGCCAAGAACAACCAAUGAGGAGCCGUCCAUUCGGCGGCGCCGCAGACGGGAAGGAAAAAGCUCCAGACUUUUGAUUUAUAUGAAAAAAAUCAGACAAGACUUAGAAACACUGAGACUCACAUGGACCCCCCUCUUUCCCUGCUGUCAUGUUGGAUGAAGAUCAGAGUGAAGGAGCAGGAGGUGGACGAACAUCACAGACUCCUUUUUACCACAGAGAUUAGUAAAGCACUGCUUCAUUAGUGUUUGGUUUCGUUGCACCCCCCUCUUCAAGUGUGCACAUUGUACACUUUCCUCAGGCUGUUUGGUAAAAUCGUGACUUUUUUAUUUUUCUCCUUCAACCUGCCGUUUGUUUUCCCACGCUUUGGGUUUCCUCAGACACAGAAUAACCUUGUAUACUUGUAUGCUUGUAUUAAAGUAGUCAUUAGAGGUGUGAUUUCCAGUGGUAUCCGCUUAAACUUUUAGUCAUGAGUUGCUUUUGUUUUCACGGACGAGCGGGGUCUAAAGGGCGGCGGCGUGGAAGCGCGCGCCGGACCGAUCGCCACUUCUUUGUUAGAAUGUAAUGUACAGAUGUCGGCCAUUACCCUCCUUUGUUGGUAUUUACACUCAUGUAUCCCAGCAGCCCACAAAUAAAAAGGCUCAUUCCAACAGA